CGGGCGGCGCCUGCUCUCCCGCCCCGGGCCGGCGCGGGCGCUCGGAGCCGGGCCAUGGCCUCCCCGCACCUGGCGGCCAAGCUGGCGGCCCGGCUGGCGGCGGCCAGCCUCCACCUGCCGGUGAACGCCCCCGCCGGAGCCAGAGGCGCGCAGUGCGAGCGCGAGGACCCCCUAGCGUCGGUGCUGGCGGCGACCCUGGAGGAGGAGCGGAGCAAAGGGCUGCGGUCGGCGCGGGCGUCGGCCAGCUACACCAGCUUUCCCAGGGAGGAUAGGAGUGUGGCGUUCGACAGUAGUCUGAACUUCUCUGACAUCUCCCACUCUGACGAAGAGUAUUACAGGAAGCUGAAAGAGCUGAAGGCUGUCCAUGAGGAAUCCAUGGCUAAGUUAGAGAAGAUGUGCCAGGAGCAGCUAACGCUGAGAGACCUGCAUCCAGUGAUGGCCAGGGAAGACUCCUCUAGCGUCUCCUCUAGUUUUGCAUCGGAAAAGAACAGCCCAAUUCCUGUCAUGGUGGUGACGUCAUUUUCAGAGCCGGACCUAGGCCUGUCACCUUCUUUGUCUACUGCUUCUGAAGAGGAGCUGCCCAGCCCAGAGAAGGACAGCCCCAGGGAGAGCAGAACGAUGGCCUAUGCCAAGGAGCUCAUCAACAACAUGUGGAAAGGGUUUUCCCUUGAAGAUUAUAUUCAGUAUGAUUCUGACUUCGGAACAGCCAAGAAAGCCAGAAGGAAACCCAAAUCCUGGGUGCCCAAGGUUACGGUGCCUGUGCCCUUUCAAAUGACGGUUAGAGACCAGGAGAAGAGAGAGGAGGCCUUGAAAGCUAGAUCAGAUCUGGAAAUGAGGCAGAAGCUGCUCAAGAGCGAUGAGGAUGAGGCAGAGUGUAAGAAGAAAUUCCGAGCCCAUCCUGUUCCCUCCUACGUGCUCCUUCCACUUUACGAGGACCUGGUCAGGCAGAGUGAAGAGCGGAGGAGGACCGCCAAGGAGAAGAGUAAGGCCGCGCUCCUGGCCUCCCAGAAGCCAUUUAAGUUCAUCGAGAGGGAGGAACAGAAGCAGGCCAUCCGUGAAAAGCUGCUGAGAGACCUUUUUAAGUCUAAAAGGAAAACAAAGGGCUUUAAAGCCAGACCUGUGCCUCAUUUUAUUUACAGGCCAGCUGCUAAUGGCAAGUCAAAGGAUGGAGAAUUCUACAGGGACAUGAGGAGGCAGCUGAAGUCCCGAGAGCUGCAGCAGAAUCCGUCCUGGCCCUACCUGCCAGCUUACAGGCAACCCAGGAACCCCAGAAGUCACGGAAGGCCAAGGCUGAGGCACAGGUUCCUGAGCCCUGAUGAUGGAGACUUCGCUGAGGAACAGAAGGAGCCCUUCUCGGCACAGAGUGUUCCAAAAUGCUCAACCCCUGGUAAACAGUGCGGUCUUCGUGACUUCGCGCGCCACAUCUCUAAAAGACAGAAGGUCUUCGCAGACAUCAGAGCAGAUGAAGAAAAUCUGAAAGAAACAUGUGGACCUUAUCUGUCUUCAAGGUCUAAAUCACCAGUAAGAAGCGCAUGGGCAAAGCCCAGGCCUUCGCAGCGCAGCCCUCCGAUGCCCACCGUGUCUUCCCGGGGUCGGGAACAAGCCAUCAGGAAAUCACUUGAGGAAAAGAAAAUGUUGGAAGAAGAGAGAAAUCGGAUCCUAAGUAAACAGAAGCAAAGAACCAAAGAAUUGCAGAAACUCCUGGCAACCCGGGUUAAGGCUUAUGACUCUCACCACAGCUUAGCUCAGAUGCUCGAAUCCCGAGUAAACAAUCUCAGAAAGAGCGGAAAGGCCAGGAUGAAAGAAUACCGCCAAGAACUGGAGGAACAAGAUAAGAAGUUACAGAACAGGCCGAUGCUGUUUGAGAGAGUUGCCCAGAGAAAUGCAAGGAUGGCAGCAGAAAAGCAUUAUUCUAACACCCUAAAAGCACUAGGACUAUCUGAGGAGUUUGUUUCAGAGAAAGGCCAAAGUGGAAGAGUGUCUGGAAACGUCAGCAGGCGAGAGCUGAGAAGCUGCACGUCGGACAAAGAAAGCUCUUGUGAAGAAGAGAGCGAGAACAAGGAAGAAAACGAUUUUAUUGAUACCAACAGCCAGGAUUCUUGCCAGGAAAACAAGGAAGGUGUUGAAGAAAGCAGGGGCAGAGGUUCUGAAGAGUGAACUCAAAGCCAAGAUUUCCUCUCGCUGCUGCUGGUGUGUGCAGCCUUGGGGCCGAGGCGCCUGUGUGUGGAUGCUAUGAAGGAACAGCUCUUACACUGCAGGGCUGCUGAGCCAAGACUUCAUGCCUGGAGGGGCUGAGUCCACACGACGCUAGAUUACAGCUUUGCCUGCUGCAAUUUUGAAAUUGCUAUGUUUGCUGUUUGUGAUUAUGAUUAUAUUUGUAUUUUCAAAGUGUAUGAGGGCUGGAGAAUCACAGCUGUCAAAAAUGGAUUAGUUAUGGAAAUGGACAUUUAUAUUUGGUAGGGGAAAAGUUUGAUAGUGAGAGAACUGUUAGCUUUCGAAGAUCUAUUUUUAAAUUUACUAGGUAUUUUCUAUUUUUUCUCUGAGCCAUUUUUUAAACUUUUUAUCUCCCUGUCCCCUCAUAUCUGACUUUCGCCCUUGCAGCCUUUCCCCCACCCCAAAUAAAACAUACACAAACCACAAAAAACCAAGCAUCGAAAAAUCUCAUUGUGGAAGCUGUAGCAUGUCACAGUGUGUCCCACACUGUAGCCCUCUGUCCACACAUCCUCGCUUGCAGUGUUCAUUGCAGUGAGUCAUCAGUCUGGCUCGAGGCCUCUGGCUUCUGUGACACUGUCAGCCCUCCCCGGGACUCCUCCAGAUUGUCCUGUUGUGUCACAAAGAUCCUGCAGGGUUGGAUCAGCAGGACCAACCCUUUCAGGUCCCAACCAUUUGCAAAUGAUACAGAUUCAGGGUGGGCCGACUCGGAGCCCUCCGUGUGGGCCAGGGGCAGCUGAGCUGGUCAGCGUCUGUCCCUUAGCAUCACCACCAGGGCUACUCUCCAGCUAGGCCACCUAAUCCCGCCAGUCAGCAGGAGGCUGCUCUUCUGCUCUCAUCCCUCAGGACCAGCUCACCCACACCCGUGACUCAGAGCCAGCCUCACUGUGCCGCUCAGGCAAGGCCUGCCCUCCUGAGUGCUGCAGCCAGCAGGAGGGAGGGGAGCUCUUCUGCUCGCAUGACUUCAGGGUCAGUUCUCCUUACUGUAUCUGAACCAUUUUAAAAUAAGUAAUAUACUACAGAAACAAAUAGGUACUGCUAAAUUACUCAUAUCACGGGCACACUUUCUUUUUUGCUGUUGAGAUUAAACUCAGGGUUCACACAUACUUAACAUGAAUUCUACAAUUGAGCUAUAUUCCCUAAUCCCUCAAGUUAUUUUUUAUAGAUAAAAUAUUAAAAAACCUAUGCUGCUCUUAAAUCCUGUGUGCAUAUAGAAUAAUUUU